AUGGCUGCCGUUCUUCCAUCAGAAGACAACAGUUAUUUCGCCGCGUCUAGCCUACGACGCUCACAUUCUCAUUCCACCUUCAUCUCUUCGGCUUCACCAUAUUUCCCCUCUUCUCACCUGAGCGAGCAUUACCAGCCUGCUUCUAAGUCUUCCGCCGAAUUCAACUCAUCAUCUACUUCCUCGUCUCCCCAUACCGCCCAUGCCGACUCGGUCGACCUUUCCUAUUCAUCUACUCCUACCACCAACCUCCCUAUUGCCUCUGACUACGACACCAUUGGUAUUGUUGAAUUACCCGAAGGUAACUUCAUGUUUCCAUCCUUUGCGCAGGAGAAGCUCUACGUUCAUCCAGAGAUCCGUCCUGAUACUCGCCACGAUGACAACCUAGAGCUACCCCCAAGCCCCCGAGAAGGCGACUCUUAUGCUGCCUCUCUUGCAGAACACGAGAGCUCUGAGGAGGUCUCUCAUGAAACAUCAGGACCCGAAACACUGGAGCACGAAAAAUUCGAACACGCAGAGGACGACACUGCAGUCUCAAGUAGGCCGUCGCGCCAAGUCGAUUACCUGUCCCAUGAAUGGAGAGAGGAAGAUAUCUGGUCCUCAUGGCGAUACGUUGUAACACGGAGGGGAGAGUUUCCCAACAGCGCUCGAUUGGAAAAUGCUUCUUGGAGGGCAUGGAUUAAGGCCAAGAACAACCUCAAGACCAUCCCCCCCGAAUCCAUCAAUUGGCUCAAGGACUGUGAUGUCACCUGGCUCUACGGCCCUCUGCAGUCAGGACCAAAGAACCUCCACCCUACCUACACGGAGCCCUUGAGCGUGCCGCUGUCAAAUGCCGACUCACUCCUCAACCCCAACAAGAAAUCCAUUCUGAAGAAGAGAAGCAUAUCUGAAGUUAUGUUUCAGCGAUCGCUGUCCACGGCCUCAUUAUUAAAGCAAGCCACCGCAGCUGUGAAGGCCCAGGAGACCCGAGGAAUCCUCCGACUCUACCUCGGUCGUUCGUCAACAGACUGCUUCGCCUACCCAUUUGCAUCAUGUCGAUUGAGUGAAGAAAGAAAGAGCAUCGCUCCUUCGGUAGAGUCAUCUAGAAUCGCUUCCCCCAGCUCUGAGCGAAAGCACAUUCAUUUCAAUGAGCAAGUUAAGCAGUGCAUAGCUAUUGAAGCGAAGGAUAAUAAAGACAUGAUCAAUGACCACUACAGUUUUGAUAGUGACUUGGAUCACGGGGUUAUGAUAAGGCGGGUCGGGACAAAGAAGAGGCCCAUAUCCCGACGCAAGACUUUGAAGCCAAAGCUAGCAGCUGAAGGGAAAACAAUUGCGAUGCUGCCUUCCACUACCCUUAAAUACCGCGAAGACACUCCUGAGUCGCAAGAGACUGCUAUGAAGCAUUCCCAAAGUCUACUCAUGCCCCCUUCCUCUUCACAAAAGACCCUACGACCUGUCAAGCAGUCAGGCAGGUUCUUUUUCGUAGAGGAAGAUGAUGAUAGCCUCGACAAAGUCUUGUUAAACCCCACCCAGGGUGGGCAUUACCCCCCCAAUGAGGAUACCAAUGGCGAUCUGAACAGGUUCACCUCAUCGGGCAACCUUUGCGAGGAGCCUGCAUGUAUGCGACGCACCCCGUCCGGUAUGUUUAUGCUUUAUGAGGAAAGCGGAUUAAAAUACAGGGAUGGCAUAUUUGGCCACGUUAUUGAUACGGUCAACACUGCUCGCGAUAUAGCCCACGUUAUCUGGAACAUUGGCUGGAAGAAGUAA